CGCGUAAGUCUGGAACUAGCAUUAAAUAAUGGCGCCUAAGAUGUUAUGAUGUCCGCAAUGUGAUGGAUUUUACACUCAUUCAGUUAUUUAGGAGCUCUAUGAAAGCACCACCGAUGCUCGAAUAAGUCGUAGCCAACAGCUUCUGACUUACAGAAAUUGUACAGAAAGGAAGAGAAACAAGAUGGCAUUGGAGAUCAAUCAUGUCUACAUCGGUGCCUGGGUUGCGUUGGUCGCGGGUCUUUCGCUAUCGACAUUCGGCCUUCUGUGGAGUUCUCUCUUUAUUCUUUACGCCUUAUUGUUUAUCUUAGGGUUCUUCCUGGUACUUGGGUACUGGGGCUAUACUCAAUCCACGGAGAGAAUGGCUCUGACUGAACAUGCCCACCUCUUAUCAUCUCGCCCUGGGCUUCAGACGAUCCUUGAAAAAGUUUGGGAGUCAAACAAGACUUCAUACAAAAUGGACAAGCGACUGACAGGCUCUAGUAUCAUAGAUGAACCCCUACAAGAGGUCUUGCAGUUUUUCUUUCGUGACUUUGUACAUGGCUGGUACUACCAAAUCAGCACUGAUGAGGGUUUUUUGUAUGAUCUGCGGCACACACUUCAAAGAGCUCUAAUUGCCUUUGCAAACAGAUCCAAGGACGUGGAGUGGGUUUCCUUCCUGACGACUCGUUUUGUUGAUGACAUCACAAAUCAUUUAAAGAUAUUCCGUAAAGCUCGUCAAAGGUUGGAAAAGCUUCAAAAGGAUGGGGAAGAAACUGUAGACAUUGAAAACCUGUUCUUCCAAAUAGAGGCUGAGAUGGAAAAUGACAUUUGUAGAGACAAAAUCUGCCUUGCAGACAAAAGGGAAAAAGAAUACCUCUGUGACAUCAGUGAAAUGCUGCUCUACUUACUAUUGCCCCCUGAGGAUUUCCACAACAAACCUUUUAGAUAUUUCUUCAGAGAGGUGAUUGCUACUUGUGUGCUGCUUCCUACUGCUCAACUUGUUUGUGAUCCAGAUUAUAUCAACCAAACUGUAGUGUGGCUGUGCAAGGAAUCUACAUUUACUAAAGAUGCAUUUCUAACAAUUAUAAGUGAGGGUUUAAGUUCUGGAGAUGACGUGCAAGCUGUGAAAAAUAAAGUUGAUGUUGAGAUUGCAAAGUUGCGAGCACAUGACUCAGAAACAUCAGGUGCUGCAGACGUGGCAGUCCGCCAGCAACUCAGCAGUUUGUUGUUUGUCAAGAAGCUCUGUCAUGCUAAGGAGCAUCAUCUAGAGUAUGAAGACUUGGUCUCAGACAACCCAGAGGGGCCAGACAAGCUAUUUGUACCAAGUCAGCCAGUGCCUGUCCUGCCGCUACACAUCUUGCUACAAGAUAACAUUGCUCUUUCAUACUUUAUAGAAUUCAUGAACAGUAUGAAUGGCCAAGUGUACUUAUAUUUUUGGUUAGCUGUUGAGAGUUUCAGAGUAACAGCAGAACAGCAGUUAUCAGUAAGCAUGGAAAGGCAACUCUCACAAGAUUCAUCAUCGUCAUUGCGUAAGUUACCCAUAGCAGCUGAUCUGGGUGACCUACGAACAGCUGCCAAGAGUAUAUUUGAUCAAUACUUAUCUGAGCAGGCUGAUGCCAAGGUGGAUCUGCCAAAAGACAUGGUCAAGAAGACCUGGAAGAAAGUUAGCCAGGAAGAACCAUGUCCUGACUGCUUUGAUGAGGCCCAGAAAUGGGUGUUUGAGAUCCUUGGCCAAGACCAGUUCUACACUAGCUUCCUCAACAGUCAAACAUAUAUGAGAUGCCUGAUUGAACUUGAUGUAUUGAAGGAGCGAUCAGAGGAUGGUGAUGUUGAUACUGCCUCGAUUGUUGAUGACGCAGACCUGGACAUCUGUAGUGUAUCCAGCAGUGACAGGAUUUUCCCUGAUGAGCCAGUCCUUGGUGAAAAGCUAUGGAGUUCAGAUGAUGACCUGAGGCUCACAGCCAGCAUCAACCAGAUUGGUUUGUGCAAAGACAAUGGCAAGACAUAUGCAGUCUAUGCAAUUUCUGUAUUCCGUGCCACCCAGGAAGGGACCAAUUCCUGGACAAUCUACCGCCGUUACAGUGACUUUGACGACUUACACAUGCAUCUGAAGAACAAGUUUGGGCCUUUACCAAACCUGCUCCUUCCGGGAAAGAGAACAUUUCGCAACAUGGACAAAGACUUUCUUGAGAAGCGCAGGGCAGCGUUGGACUCAUACAUACAGACCUUGUUGUCCACUGACUUUUUGGAUAAAUACCCUGGAAUGUUUGAAGUGGUUGCUAAUUUCUUGGAGCAUGGGAAGUAUGCAAGAGAAAAGGGACAAUUUGCACGGAAGGUGGAUAAUAUGAAGCACUCAGUGCACAAUGUUUCCCAUGCCAUCAAGACAGUACCACUUGGCCUGUCAGGAGGAAUGCAGAAAAUAUUCACAAACAAGCAAACUGGGCGACAAGGCCUCAAGGAUGAUGCAGCUGAGUUCAGUGCAGAAAUCGACUUUGAGGAUGACGAUAACAUUGCUUUGCGUGUCCUCCUCCUUCUCAUGGAUGAAAUUUUUGACUUGAAAGACAGAAAUUUAUGGCUGCGGAGGCGAAUUAUUGUCCUUCUUCGACAGAUCAUAAAAACAACAUAUGGUGAUCGUAUCAACAGAAAAAUUGUGGAAUCAGUUAACUGGAUGACUUCAGCUGAGCAAAUUGCAGAGUAUGUGAAAAUGUUCAGAGAGUCGUUUUGGCCAGGAGGGGUUCUUGCUGAGUCAGCUCCGGAGAGAGCGAGUGACAUCAAACUGAGGACUAGGGUGGCAGCUAAGACCAAGAUGUACGGCUCAAUACCUGAUGAUUUGAAGAGGUUCUUGGGCACAGAAGUUACUUUAGAUGGGAUCUGUCGGGUCUUUGACACAUUUCAGUACACAAGUUUGAACAAGCGCUUGAUGUAUCUCCUUUGCGAAGGAAUGCUUGAACAGCUUUUCCCAGAUAACAAGUUCUCAGAAAUAUUUCGCAAGAUCCAUGCUAAAUCAACAUAGGCAAAUAAGCAUUUAGAAAGUGUUUUAAUUGUAAAACAUUAUAUUUGUACGAAUUUGUAAAUAAACCAACACUAUACAAG